AUCUUGAAUUAAUUACAAAUGAAUGGCAAAAUAUUGAUUAUAAAACAUAUAUGGUUGUAAAAAAUAAUUUCAAAAUUGAUAACAGUCAAGAAAAUGAAAAUAAUAAUAAUCAAAUGUAUCAAGAAAUUGAUGAUGAGCAAAUAUUAGAUAAAAGUAAAAGCGAAGAAGACCAAUAA